AGAAAAUUCCUUUCAAGUAAAGUAGAUAGUUAUCAGAGAGCAUGAUUGCAUCCUCCAUUUCCAAUUCCGUAUCCAGUUUUGCUGCGGUAGUAGUAGCAUUAAUUUCCUGUGCUUCCCUUGUUCUGGGCUCUGUUGAAUAUUCUCCUGAACAAGAAGUAAAGGCUUUGCUUGCAUCUGAAUGGUGGAGUCCUGAAUAUCUCAAUUCCACAACCACAACUCCUUGCAAGUUGCCUGGUAUCACUUGCAAUCGUGCUGGAAGCAUUACCCGUAUUUCUAUAUAUCAGUUUUUUCCACAUGGACGCACACUUGGGAAAUUUCUUAAUGGCUCUUCAUUUCCGAAUUUAGUCCAUCUGGAUCUUGCUGGAGCUGGACUCUAUGGGAGCAUCCCGCCAGAGAUCGGCACUCUUUCGAAGCUCACGUACCUUGACCUCUCUUUUAAUUAUCUUUCAGGCAUCUUACCUCUUUCAUUAGGAAACCUCUCCCAAUUAGAGGUGCUUGACAUUUCUUUUCAUCAAAUCUCUGGCCAGUUGCCUCUUUCAAUCACAAGCCUCACUCAUUUAAUGGAGUUUGACGUUUCUUUUAAUGCAAUUAAUGGUUUCAUUCCAAUCCACAUAGGAAACUUGAAAAAUCUUCGUUUCUUGGACAUGUCCGAAAAUAUGCUCGAUGCACCACUUCCAUCAAGUCUGGGUCAGCUAACCAAAUUAACUACUCUCUCUCUUUAUUCAAACUAUAUCGCCGGUUCAAUCCCUUCAGAAAUAGGGAAGAUGACCAGCCUUGAUCAUCUAGACCUUCAUGACAAUAUGCUCAUGGGACAGCUGCCUCCAACUCUGGGUCAAUUAACUAACUUAUCUGAGUUGUACCUUGAUUCCAACCAAAUAAUUGGAUCCAUCCCUCCAUCAAUAGCAAAGCUAGUGUAUCUGGUUCAUCUCAACUUAGGUGCAAAUAUGUUCCAUGGACCACUCCCUCCAGAAAUUGGAAAUCUAACGAGUCUGGAAAUAUUGGUACUCGAUGAGAACCAACUAACUGGUGCAGUACCUUCUGCUAUAUGUGAUUUAACCAACUUACAAUACUUGAGCCUCAGUCGGAACCAGCUAAAUGGUUUAUUGCCUUCCCGAAUAGAGAAUUUGAAGAAGCUGACAAGUUUGAAUCUCAGUUCUAACAUCCUCAUGGGUCCUAUUACUCCAUCUUUAGGUGGUCUUCGGAGUAUACAGGAUAUUGACUUGUCAUACAACCACUUCAACGGAAGCAUACCGAUUGAGAUAUGUUCCCUUUCUACACUCGCUUCUUUGAACCUCAGUAACAACUUGCUUGUUGGAGAAAUACCGUAUAAACUUGCUGACCUCGUAAACUUGGCCACCUUAAACCUUGUCAGUAACCAUUUCAACUGCUGCAUCCCCUGUUAUCUUGACUCUACCAUAAGAACAUUUUAUGCAGAGGAAUAUUUAUAUAAUAGCUCAUGUUUGUUGUUUCAUGCUGACCGACCAAGUACCGGCAUCAUCAACAAAGUUAAAUUGAUUAUUGUUUCCACCUCUGUUAUUCUUGCAUCAUCAUUUCUUGUGCUUAUUAUAUGGGCAAUGUUCUUCAAACGUGGGUGCAAAAAUAAAAAGAUCAAAUCACUUGACGAGACAAUUGCAAAAAGGAAUGGAGAUAUAUUUUCAGUAUGGAAUUAUGAUGGGAAUUUAGCAUACAAAGACAUCAUUCAAGCAACGGAGGAUUUCGAUAUAAGGUAUUGCAUUGGCACAGGUGGUUAUGGAAGUAUUUACAGAGCGCAGCUGCCUAAUGGCAAAGUGGUUGCUUUGAAAAAACUGCACACUUCAGAGGUCGAAGAACCUGCUUUGAGAAAGAGUUUCGAGAAUGAGGUGAAAACAUUGACAGAAUUGAAGCACCGAAACAUUGUAAGACUUUAUGGAUUUUGUUUGCAUAAAAGGUGCAUGUUUUUAAUUUACCAAUAUAUGGAAAGAGGGAGCUUGUUCUGUGUCCUAAACAAUGAUGUGGAGGCUAUGGAAUUAGAUUGGAAGAAAAGGGUGAACAUUAUCAAAGGCAUAGUGAAUGCAUUGUGUUAUUUGCACAAUGAUUGCACUCAACCAAUUGUACAUCGUGAUGUAACCACCAACAAUGUCCUACUCAACUCAGAACUAGAAGCUGUUGUAGCUGAUUUUGGCACUGCAAAACUCCUCGAUCCUAAUUCCACCACUCAAACCACCAUACUGGCCGGUACUUAUGGUUAUAUUGCUCUAGAGCUUGCCUACACCAUAGCUGUAACCGUAAAAUGCGAUGUUUAUAGCUUUGGAGUGGUGACACUUGAAACGCUGAUGGGAAAGCAUCCAAAGGAAAUUUUGUCAUCAUUAUCAUCAUCUUCAACACAAAAUCUAAAGCUAAUUGAAAUAUCAGACCAACGCUUAGUACCCCCGAGAAGUCGGUUGGCUGUACAUAACGUUGCUCUUGUUGCCUCAAUUGCAUUUGCAUGCUUAAAUGCUGACCCAAAGCUUCGACCAACAAUGGAUAGUGUUUCCAAACAAAUUGCUGAGCGCAGGACACCACUAGCAGAUCAUUGUUUCCAUGAAAUUACGAUAGGAUGCCUCAUGAACCCAUAG